UUCUCCACUUUUUUUUUUUUUUUUUCUAAGUUGCGCCUUUCUCCCGAAGGCGAAGACCGCCGCCGCCGCCGAAAUAUCAGGUUGGAGUAGGGUAGGAUUUGUAAGUUGAGUUUAGAAUAGUAAAGGGUUUUUGGAGAGAGGACAAUUAGGGUUUUGCAGAGACAAUCGAUCGGAAUGUCGAAGAAACGCAGCCGAAUCACCAAUCCGGAGCCGUUUUUGCCGCUAGGUGCGGACGCCUUCUCGUCGAAGAAGCGUUCCAAGCCGCCGAAGCGCCACCAGGAUGAAGAGACGCUGGUUCCUUCUUCUGUCAGUUCCAGGAUUCUUAAGGAGGCUCGUCUUCAGCAAAGAGAAAUCCUGCACGAGGAAGAUGACGAGGCCCAAGUUGUUCAGAAUGAUUCUGAAAAUAAAAUAGUGAUUGCUCAAAUGCACGGACUUAAAGGCGGCGAUGAGGAGGAGGAUGACGUUGAUGAUUUUGAAGGGUUCUCUGAGAGCCAGAGUCAAUUUGGGCAAUGGGAUUUUCAGGAUGAGAUUAAUGAGGAGGAUGAGAAGUUGCUGGAAGCCUUUCUAUCAAAAGAGGAUCGGCCUCAGCGCACAUUGGCCGAUAUUAUUCUUGAGAAGAUUAAACAAAGUGAUGCCCAAGUAUCUUCAGUGGAGCAGCCAAUGCCGAAAUUGGACAGCUCAAUUAUUGAGCUGUACAAGGGUGUUGGGAAGCUUCUUAGCAAGUAUAACUCUGGGAAGAUGCCAAAAGCUCUUAAACACAUACCUUCUCUGCAAUUCUGGGAGGAAGUCUUAUACUUAACUGAGCCCGAGAAUUGGUCACCUAAUGCAAUGUACCAAGCAACUAGGAUUUUUGCAUCUAACAUGAGCGUCAAGAAGGUUGAACGAUUCUAUAAGCUUGUCUUGCUGCCACGUGUGAGAGAUGAUAUCCGAAAGAAUAAGAGGCUGCACUUUGCCUUGUAUCAGUCCUUGAAAAAGGCUCUUUACAAACCUGCCGCUUUUAAUAAGGGAAUCCUAUUUCCCUUGUGUGAGUCAAGGACAUGUACUUUAAGAGAAGCCGUCAUUAUUGGGAGCAUCAUCGAGAAGAUUUCAAUUCCCUCUCUACAAUCAAGUGUCGCAUUGUUGAAGCUUGCGGAGAUGGAAUACUAUGGUACCACGAGCUAUUUCAUCAAAUUAUUAAUUGAGAAGAAGUAUGCUUUGCCGUAUCGAGCACUUGAUGCUUUGGUUGCUCAUUUUAUGAGAUUUUAUGACGACGAAAGAGUAAUGCCUGUUAUAUGGCAUCAAUCUCUUCUUGCAUUUGCUCAAAGGUACAAACAUGAGUUGACAAAGGAGGACAAGGUUAACCUCAACACUCUGGUUCAAAGGCAAAGGCACAAAUUAGUUACACCUGAAAUAUUGAGAGAGUUGAAUAACAGCCGCAACCGUGGGGAGAAAGAUGACGAUCUUAUGUCAAUUUCAACUCCAGUUUAUGUAGUAUCCAAAACUAUUGUGGAAGACAGGUUUGAUCUCCCAGAAGUGCCAAUGGAAGAAGACUGACCAAUUUCUUUCCUGAAUUUUGAUUGCCCGAAUGACCUUAUUGUGAUGUUCUCAUCGACCUCCAUGUCAGCGCUAUGCUAUGUUUAUCUGAGGUAAGCUUUGAGCCGAUUGAUGGUUUUUGGGUGCAUUUUUGUUGUAUUAGAUUAUUAGCUGAAUAUUGAGUUAAAUUAUUGCAAAUUUAGCUGUUUUGUUACUUGGGAUGAGUAUUCUUUUUGUGCUUUUUUCAGAAGUAAAUAUAUACUUAUUAUCAUGUUGUUGCUUCUAUUUCUGGAAUUUUGAAGUCAUUAAACAAUUUGUGUAAUACAAUUAUGGAAGGGUUUGGUGACAAACAUUUUAAUUGAAGAAGCAAUUAGAGUGUGCUUGUUUAGUGUUUAUUUCAA